AUGAUCACAGGGCAGCUGAGCAAACCGUUGCUCCCCCUGCGUGCCGAUAUGGACGCCUGCGAGCUGCGGGACGAUGACAAGGCGGCCAGCCCGGACAGCGAGCUCAAUGACGAGCCCUUGCUUCUCUCAGCUGACACCGACUCUGAGGAGAAGAUGUAUGGUGGGCGAGGUGGUUCAGUUAUGUCUGAUGCAAGUAGCAGUCCAACAGAACAUGGUCAUAUGGGUCAGACUCACCCCACAUACCCUGUUGGGCCACAGUCUUUACUUGUGGCUCAGCAGCUGGCAUCGGCUGUUAGUGGAGUGAUGUCUGGAGGAGCUCCGGGACUCAAUCAGCCAAUUCUGAUCCCCUUUAAUGCCGGUGGGCAUCUGGGUGGGCAGCAGGGCCUUGUUCUCUCUCUACCCACUGCUGCCAACAUACAGGGUCUGGUGGCAGCCGCAGCUGCUGGUGGCCUCAUGACGCUCCCUCUACAGAACCUGCAAGCUACCUCAACCCUAAACUCACAGCUCCAGCAUCUCCAACAACUCCAGCAGCUUCAGCAUCACCAGCAACAGCAUCAUCAUCAUCAGCAACAACAACAGCAGCUGCGUGAGCGAGACCAACAGCAACGGGAAAGAGAUCAACAACAGCAGCAGCAGCUCUGCGGCCCGACGCAUCUCCAUCCACCCAGUCACCGUCAGCUCACUCCACCCAUCCAGUUACAACCGUCUGGACCAUCUGCAGGCUCCGGAUGUUCAUCCACCAAUCAUAGCUCUGCUCAGCCUUCGCAGUCUCCGCCCAGUCACAGGCAAAACCAUUCACCAGCUCGUAACUUACCGUCACCUGUCACGCCUCCUCUGCCACUCCAGCUUAACCCUCUGGCCAGUCAGGCAGCGGUUGCCGCGGCAGCAGCGAUGGGCUCAAUCGCCGGGUCACAGGUGUUUGGUAAUGCCCUCUCCAGCCUGCAGGGCGUUACAGGGCAACUGGUCACCAAUGCACAAGGACAGAUUAUUGGGACCAUCCCUCUGAUGCCAAAUUCUGUGGGACCUUCCAGCCAAUCAGGGGGUGGUACUCCCUCGCUGCAGGUUCAGCCAAUCACACCACAGCUGCUGACCAAUGCGCAGGGCCAGAUUAUAGCCACUGUGAUUGGCAACCAGAUCCUGCCAGUAAUCAACACCCAGGGAAUCACACUGUCACCUAUUAAACCUGGACAACAGCUGCCAAAGGCCUCUCAGACCCCACAGGCUCCUCCUGUGUCCCAGCCGAAUCUGCUCCGCAUGCCCCACAGUCAGAGUCCACUCCGCCAGGCAUCUUCCUCCUCCUCAACAUCAUCAUCUUCCUCCUCGGCUCUCAGCGUCGGCCAGCUAGUCAGCAAUCCACAGAAUGCCCCCAGCGAAGUGGACGGUGUAAACCUGGAGGAGAUCCGAGAAUUCGCCAAAGCGUUUAAAAUCCGCCGGCUGUCUCUGGGUCUGACUCAGACACAGGUGGGACAAGCCCUCAGCGCAACUGAAGGCCCCGCCUACAGCCAGUCUGCCAUCUGCAGACACACCAUCCUGAGAAGCCACUUUUUCCUACCACAGGAAGCCCAAGAGAACACUAUAGCUAGCAGUCUGACAGGCAAACUGAAUCCUGGCCUUUUAUAUCCUGCCAGGUUCGAGAAGUUGGACAUCACCCCUAAAAGCGCCCAGAAGAUUAAGCCCGUGCUGGAGCGCUGGAUGGCCGAGGCGGAAGCCCGCCAUCGCUCCGGUAUGCAGAACCUGACCGAGUUUAUCGGCAGCGAGCCCUCCAAAAAGCGCAAGCGGCGGACCUCUUUCACGCCGCAGGCCCUGGAAAUCCUCAACAGUCACUUCGAGAAGAAUACUCACCCCUCCGGUCAGGAGAUGACGGAGAUCGCCGAGAAACUAAACUAUGAUCGCGAGGUGGUGCGGGUGUGGUUCUGCAAUAAGAGGCAAGCGUUGAAAAACACUAUAAAACGGCUGAAACAACCCGAGCUCGGAGCACCUAUGGACCCAAUGGUUGACAAUAUGGAGGAACAUCCUUAGCUCUACAUGACACGACAUAUAGACACCAUUGAUGACACGUCUGGACUUAAAAACUUGGAUCAUUACUGUCCAAUGUAU